UUUUUUUGUUGAAAGUUUUCAUUUCAAUCCAAGAUUGUUCGUGUUUGACAGCACAACCCUAAACGAAGCCUUUGACAAGCUCACAAAGAACGCCGCCAUAAGGCCAAAACCCGGUUUUACAUUUUCUUCCCCCCUCUCCCCGCAAAGCCUCGACUUGCUUUUUGUCUCGACUCUCGUGACCAACAACUCCGAGUAGCAAAACCAACUCUGCCUGAUUCCUUGCGACGCUUCUUCAACAACCCACAACUCCUUCAAACCACCACCACCACACUCAUCCAACAAUGAAGGUAGAAAUGAUGGCCGAAGCCGCCUUUGACUUUCCAUCCAUCUCAACGCCAGACCUGCUCAAGGAAAUUAGCAUGAUUUCCAGCUUGAUUGCCACCACACCGACCAUCACGACUGACUCGUCCAACCUGGGCUCGCUCCAGUAUGCCCGCUCGCCAGCCUUCGUCGAGCUGUCCGCUGUCGACGCCAGCUCGCCGCCGCACUUGCCCGAAAAGUACGACCUGUCCCCGCCGCAAUUCUUCCAGCCGCUGCAGCAGUACCAACAGCUCCAGCUGUCGCAACAAUCGCUUCUGCUACCGCAGCAACAGCAGCAGCCUUCUCAGCAGGUGCAUGCCGCCUCGGUGCGUCGGUACGAUGUGGGACUGCCCUUCCCUGCGAUGGUCCAGAAUCCCUAUCAGAUGGAGGCUGCGUUGACCCUCGAGGAUGCCAUUGAGCCGCUGGCGCAGCAACUUCAGGCUACCGAAGUCCCUGCCGACUUUGUGCCAAAGAAGCAGCCGUACCACAAGUACAAGCUCACUCCGGCGAUUGAGUUGUCCAACGCUGCUGGAGCCCCCUCCAACUACCUGCUCCCGCACCUCGCGGAUCCUGCCACCACUGACUCAAAGCUCCAGGGCUCAAUGCCCACGCUGCUCGGCGGCGUGUUCCUGCCCUCGAGCGUCAAGUGCGAAUCGGACGACUCGCACAGCUCGGUCGCCGACAGCCGCCGCGACGAUGACGACGACGAUUGGCAUGGCUCCGACUUUCAGGCUGCCAAGCGCAAGCGUCGCGUCCGCCGUGCCAGUGGCUCUGCACCCAGCGCUGCAGCCUUGAGCCGACGACACCCGCACCCGUACGCGCGUCCCGACGCUGACUCGGCGUCGCAGCACGAUGCCGAUGCAAGUGACGCUGCCACCCUGUCGAGCACCGAGCACGACUCGUCUGACGAAAGCAAGGUGGCCAAGCUCGAGAAGAACCGCCAGUCCGCCCGCGACUGCCGCAAGCGCAAGAAGCAGUACAUUGGCAACCUCGAGGCCAAGGUCGAGUUCCUCACCGAGGAGAAUGCUCGGCUUGCUCGUCAGCUUGCCGAGUUCCUUGCGACAUCGACCAAGCUGGUGCCCUCGAUCAACCAGCCAGUGCUGAUGUAAAGCGACCCACACAAAAGUUUGCUCAAUGGCGACUCCUGUUUCUUCUGUAUUCUGCCUGCCUGUCUGUCUGCCUGCCUGCCUGCCUUCUAGCGAUUUCCGUGAUUCGUAUCCUGGUUGUGUCAUUUUUUUGCCUGUUCCCUUCAGCCGUCGCCUGUUUUGUUUUUUAUGGUGGUGGUGGAUUCCCCUGCUGUGGGCCAAUGCUUCCCCAAAUUUCCUCGGUGCAGGCGCCUUGGAGAUUUGGAUGUGCGUGGCCUCCCGUGUUGGACUCUUUGCCACCUCCGUCUAUUAUCGCUUGUCGUACUGUGGGGGCGCUAGCACACCUAGCUCUAGCUUGCCUCCGUGUUCAUUCAGACUGUUGUUUCCCGCCAUUUUGUUUGUUGCCUAUCAUUGUAGCGCAUCAUCCCAUUUUUCUUGUAAUAUACCAAUGUUUCCCCUCCC